AUGGAUGGAUCCGAUGAUGAUGAUGAUGGUGAGCCUGGUGGCGGCAAGACCGCACAGUUACUGACGAUAGACUCUCCCGCCCCCCAGCAGAAGCGCCCUCGGCAAACUCAGGACGUGCCCGGCGGAUUCACAUACCGUGAUAAAGAUGGAGAGGAGAGCAGCCGCCGUAGAAUCCGCAUCGAGUACAUUACCGACCGUCCGAGGCGGCACAUUACAUUCAGCAAACGCAAGGCUGGAAUAAUGAAGAAGGCAUACGAACUGUCCAUUCUGACCGGCACACAAGUGCUUUUACUUGUCGUGUCCGAGACAGGUUUGGUCUACACAUUCACGACGUCCAAGUUGCAGCCUCUCGUCACCAAGCAGGAGGGCAAGAGUCUGAUUCAAGCUUGUUUGAGUGCUCCCGAU